AUUGUUCUUUUCAAAGAGCUUUUCGUGGAAAGCUUUAACAGUUAUUUGAAUUGAAGACGAGUUCUAGGCUUUGCCUUAUUUAAACGUUAACGCUAAUACUGACCAUCAAUCUAAAGCACUUUGCUUCAAUAAGAGAUCAACGCUGACUCCUUAAGAUUGAUUCUAGAAAGCAUGUGGUAGUAUUCAAACUGCUGUUAUGAAAGGAAAAUAAUUUACAAUUGCAAUGCAGUUCACAAUGCUUAAAAUGAACGUUUAACCAGAAGCGAUUAUCAGCUUUUUCCUUACUUCCUCUCCUCGUGAAAAUCAUGUCGAUUUCUUUUAAGAAAAAGAAUUUCACUAACAAAAAACAGUUCGUUAAUAGUUCAUACGUGUUUCGUUAAAACAGUUGGAAAAUGAUGGCAAGUUUGGAAAAAAUAUAGGAGACAUGAACGAGAGAGUGAGGUUUCCAUUUCCAGUAACAAUCGGAAAACCGAAUUUUCAUUAUAACUUUCCAGGUCAGUGUAAGCCAGUGGUGUAUGGGUGUAGGGUGUAAGCAUAUUUCUUUGGGUGUAAGCCAUCAACUAUGAGAAGGAGGCAAUUUGUAAGCGAGUCUAAUUCGUUAGGACGGUAAAACAUGGCUGCCAUGAGAAGCAUGAACACUGUCAUAAAAUGUAAUCGCAUUGACGCUCUGAAUUUGGUGAAAACAGUAACAACUGAUGCUUUUAUCCAACAAAGAAAUUUCAGUCUCGCAGCAAUAUUAGAAAAGCCAAGAAAAAGAUGGCAAUGGAGGAGAGAUAGAAAGCCAGCAAAUACACAGCUGGCAAUAGAUGGCGAUGAACUUCUAGAAAAAAGAAGAACAUGUGGUGGAGGGUCUAAGGUGAAAGCAGUCUCAAAGAACAAAGGAAGCUACCUUCUGAAAUCACAAGGCUUAGCAUUGGAUGUACCAAUUACAGAUGUUAUCCAUUCAGAUGCAAACAAGGAACACAUAGAGAAAAAAAUAAUGACAAAAGGAAGUAUUGUACAGAUAGAUGCAACUGAGUUUAGGAAAAUGCUUGAGUGUAAAGAAGAAAAUAAAGUUGAAGACACCACUUCAGUGGAUGAUGCAACAAAGACAGAUGAUGAUAAAAGAUCACAAGAAAUUGACGAAAGCCUCAAAGAACUUGUUAAAGCUGGCUAUUUAUAUGGCAAAAUAACAACAAGGCCGGGUCAAGUAGGUCUGUGUGAUGGAUACAUCCUUGAAGGUGCAGAAUUGCAGAGCAUAAUGGAGAAGCUGUCGUUAAGUUUGCCCUCACAAGACUCGUGAUAGUUGGCUAUUGUUGCUGUGUGUGUUUCCAGAAGCAGGCAGUAAUAAGUAACAGGUUGAACUGAAAAUUUAUGUAAUCUCCCAUACUGAACUGGCUGGUAACGAGAACAUUUAAAUGGUUAUAUACAAGAUAGGACCAAUUUCCUAGCGCAAUAACAAUUUUCGAGUUAGGUGGUCUUUCUUAUCGCCAAGCUCAGUUAGAAGGGGGAAUUUUCUAAAUUUUUUUAGUCCGAUCACAGUUGUUGCUGAUUCGUCUUCUUGAAUAAAAAUUCGCAAUAUUCUACUGAAAAUUUCUGUGAUUAAAAGUGAUUUAAAAUUAUUGAUAUGAUGGGUUAAUCAAACUUUUAUAGCAGAGGGAAAUCAGUAAGUCUGAAGUAUCCUUUUUGCAUCGGGAGUUAUAAAAAGGAUUGUUUUGAACGAUUUCAAUCAAAUUUUUAAAUUGCAAGCCCGAAAAGACACCCAUUUGAUGUUGUUUUACUUUUUUCAACAAACUAAAGAUUUAUUCUUUUAAAUUUCGCCUGUAGGAUAAAUUUAGAAGAAGGUAAUUAAUUGUCUGGCGAUGUAUUGAAUGCAUUUUCCUCAGUACAGAUUGUCUAACAGUGUGUUAAGAAAUCUCUGCAGUCUGCAUGUCAAAUGUUUUUGUAUCUUGUAUGGUAAAGUUUACUCUUUA